ACGAACUGAAAAUUGGCUAGCGGAUCGAUUAGUUGAGCCUCAAUCCAUUUGCAGGAUGAGCAAUCGAUCUGUAAUGGCGUUCGUCUUGUUGUUACAGAAAAAUUAACCGGCGGACACACAAGUUAUCUCAAUACUCGCUAAAAAAUUAAAUUGCGCUCAUAACGGCAGUAAUAUUGGAUUAAGCGAAUUGUUAGCAACACAACGAGAAGGUCACAUUAAUUUUAAAUGAUACGGAGUCAGUCAGGAGUCGUACUUUAUCAGAAUUUCACUUAAGUGUUUAUUUUUGUGUGUGUUCAAAUCAUUUUGAAUUUAAGUUGCUUACACACAAGUCGUUUUUUGGUACUGUAGGAAGCAUACUCGGUUGACAUUUUCGUUUGCCCGAUACAGUGCUGUUUUUUUUUUAUAUAUAUAUAUAGUUUAAUUGAAAUAAUCUAAAAUGAGUGUGGCGGAAAGUCGCGCUCAGCGAAAGACGGCUGGAAAUUUGAUGUCUAAACUCCUGGACGCUGAGGAAGAAGACGAAUUUUACAAAACCACGUACGGGGGAUUUAAUGAGGAAUCAGGAGAUGACGAGUAUAAGAGUGACCAGUCGGCGAGCGAGGACGAAGUGGACAGUGACUUCGACAUCGACGAAGGGGCCGAGCCGGACAGCGACCAGGAGGAAUCGGAACCCAAGAGAAAGCGCCGUGUGGUCACCAAGGCUUACAAGGAACCCCUCAAGACCGCAAAGCCGAACCCCAAAGCCCGGAAAGCCUGGGCUCAGCCCAGCGGAUCGGAGAAGGUGAAAGAGGAGAAGAGAGAGCCUUUCGAACUGCAGGGCGAUGUCGGAGAGAACAGGAAGUCUGUCCGUCAGUCGACCACGGAGCACACGCGGCUCACUUACCUGCGCCUGCAGGAGAGGCAGGUGCAGCCGCGCAGGAGAAAGGGGCCGCACCACGACCGCCCGCUCACCCAGGAAGAGCUGCUGGCAGAGGCCAAGAUCACAGCCGAGAUCAACCUGCGAUCGCUGGAGAACUACGAGCGUCUGGAGGCUGACAAGAAGAAGCAGGUCCACAAGAAACGUCGCUGCGACGGGCCCUUGGUCCGGUUCCACUCGGUGCUGACCCCGCUGGUCUCCGAGACCCACCUCAAAGAGGAGACCGUCGACGUGGAGGGGCUAGACCAGGACCCCCAGCAACAGCCCACCCCCCCCAGCACCGCGUCUCAGGACCCCCCCCAGCCCCCCACGGGGCAGUGCGCUCGAACCUUCAUCACCUUCUCCGACGAAGAGACCUUCGAGAGCUUCUUCCUCCGUCCACGAGCCCACCGCCCUCCGGUGCGAGAGAUCUGCCCCGUGACUCACAAGCCAGCUCUGUACCGAGACCCCAUCACAGACAUCCCCUACUCCAACAUCCGCGCCUUCAAGAUCAUCCGAGAGGCGUACAGGAAGUACGUGACAGCGCACGGGCUCCCCAACACCGCGGCCGGGGGUCUGGGGAGCCCCGGGGACCCCAACUCCAGAGGGACCCGCCAGAAAAUCAUCAUUAAGCAACGCAUGUCUGCCACCUAGUCCGAGAGAGCGACACUUUUGGAAUCGAAACGCAAGCGCAGGCAUUGUAAACCCGGUUUUGUUUUCAGAUUUUUCAGAUCAGAUUCCCAGUUCCAGUUCCUGUUCCUUCGAAGGGAGUUGAUGUUUCAGAGACCUAAUAAUCAUCGCGAUUGUCUGACCUGCUUCUUUCAUUCGAAGCCAGUUUCAUUGACUCGCAAACAGCGGCUUCGUUUGAAGUCGCGCUCAGCCGCUGUUCCGAGAAGCUCAUUUUAACAGAAUUUGUUCAUUUUGAUCAGCGAUGACAUGUCGGAAUUGAUUAAACGGGAACCGGGAACCGAGUUUGAAAAAAAAAGCCCUGUUUCAAUCCGGUAGUUCCUGUUCGAGUCGCUGAUUCAGUAUUUGAAAUAUUUUUUACAGCGUCGUUCUCCUAUACGUUGCGUGCAUCCUUUGUAUUUCAGUCUCGUUGUAAAAAAAAAAAAAAUCCUUUUUGUUGUAAUAAAACAGCUUCUGAAAAUGAGAGAGUUUUUGCUAAUGUAACUUUUCUGUUUGGUAUGUUUCACGUUAACCCAAGCAAUUAUAAAUCUUCAGUUAUCAUUUUUUUUGGUGUCAUCAUUCAGAGUGGUACUUGAAUAUUAUUAUUGUGUGUUUAGUUAGGAGACGCUUUUAUCCAAGGCGACUCAAACAGAGACUAGGGCUUGUGAACUAUGCAUCAGAGUCACAGCAACAUCUCACCCGAAGGACGGAGCACAAGGAGGUGAAGCGACUUCCUCAGAGUCACACACAGCGAGUCAGUGAGUGAGCGAGCCAGGGUUUGAAUCUAAUAUCCAGUAUUCAUUUUUGAGAAAACUCUUACCUGGCUUAGAGCUGCUUUUUUCACUUGACUGUAGAAUCCUUGACCUUUCAACUCUGCCAGCUGCAUUACCCCUCGAUUAUUUAAUUAAUAAUAUGUGUUUACUGACAUGAAGCGAGCAUUAUGCACGUCUUCGUAAUCUGUAGGCAUGCCUUUUAAAAAUUGCUUUUAAAACUCAACAGCGAUGCUUGCUUUCACUAGCUUCCAUCAGUGUGAAUCCUGUGUUUAAUCUGCAGAUCUGGCCAAAAGCUUUGCAUCACCUAGAAUAUUAUUCUAGACAUAAUUCAAUAUGUUAACGUAACAUCAGCCUUAAUUCCCCUUUGCAAAGCAGUAAUUAGUUCAUUCUAUGUAGAGGGUGAUGCAAAACGUUUGGCCAGAGCUGUAGGCGUUAUUUUUUUUAA